AAAAACUUCCCUUCAAGAAGAGGAGCGAAAACGGAAAAGACUUUUAGUUGAAUUUAAUUUUUUAUUUUCCUCUGUCGCUUCAUCCAAGACUCACACACCAACCAUGUCGUUUCCUCCGGGGAUCCGCCGCCGUUUUGUGGUGUCUUUUCCUUUAUUGUUACUCGUGACUUCGUCUUUUGCUGUUGUUGCCACCGCCGACGGUGCUUCCCAGGACGACGGCCCUGAGCUACCUGCUUGCAACAACCCUUUCAAAUUGGUCAAGGUAAAGAUCUGGGUUGAUGGUGUUGAAGGUGAAGAUUUGUCUGGGAUAACUGCGAGCUUUGGAGCAUCAUUGCCUGAGGAAGCCAACAAAAGUUCUAAAUUGCCUACUGUUUUCUCAAAUCCCCUAAAUGGCUGUUCUAAUUCUUCUUCAAAGCUAACUGGUUCUGUAGCCUUGUCCAUACGUGGUGAUUGUGACUUUGUAACUAAGGCAAAAGUUGCACAGUCAGGAGGUGCUUCAGCCUUGCUGGUGAUAAAUGACAAUGAAGAACUUUACAAGAUGGUUUGUUCUGAGAAUGAUACAUCUUUAAAUAUUUCAAUACCUGUUGUGAUGAUUCCGAAAUCAGCUGGGGAUGCAAUUAACAAAUCCAUGGAAGAGAAACAUGUGGAAUUUUUAUUAUAUGCACCAACUCGUCCGAUUGUGGAUUUCUCAGUGAUAUUUUUGUGGGCAUUGGCUGUUGGCACGAUUGUUACUGCUUCACUUUGGCAAGAGUUUGGCACUUCUGAGAAUUCUGACGAACGCUAUAAUGAAUUAUCUAAGGAAUCUCCUAAUGCUGGAACAGGCGAUGAUGAUGACAAGGAAAUCCUUGAUAUUAGUGUAAAGGGUGCUAUAGUUUUUGUUAUAACGGCUUCCACUUUUCUGGUGCUACUCUACUUUUUCAUGUCUGCUUGGUUUGUUUGGUUGCUGAUUGUACUCUUCUGCAUUGGUGGUGUUCAGGGAAUGCAUACUUGCAUUAUGACGCCUAUAGCGAGAAAGUGCAGAAAUUGUCCGCAGAAGACACUGAAUUUGCCCCUCUUUGGGGAGGUUUCAAUUGUCUCAUUUGUGGUUGCAUUGUGCUGUUUGAUAUUUGCUGUUGUCUGGGCUGUCAACCGGCGAGAAUCAUAUUCAUGGGUGGGCCAAGAUAUUCUUGGGAUCUGUUUGAUGAUAACAGUCUUACAGUUGGCUCGACUACCUAAUAUCAAGGUUGCUACAGUGCUUCUCUGUUGUGCAUUUGUUUAUGACAUCUUCUGGGUCUUCCUAUCGCCACUUAUAUUCCAUCAGAGUGUGAUGAUUGUAGUUGCUCGAGGUGAUAAUAGUGGUGGAGAAUCAAUUCCCAUGCUUUUGAGAGUUCCGAGAGCUUUUGAUCCAUGGGGUGGUUAUGAUAUGAUUGGAUUCGGUGACAUUCUCUUUCCUGGUUUGCUCGUUGCAUUUGCUUUUAGAUACGAUAAAGCAUACAAGAAGCAUCUUGCCAGUGGAUACUUUCUGUGGUUGAUAAUUGGCUAUGGAUUUGGGCUCUUGUUUACAUACCUAGGGUUAUAUCUAAUGAAUGGACAUGGUCAACCGGCACUCCUCUAUCUUGUUCCUUGUACACUAGGUGUUACGGUUAUAUUAGGUUUGGUGAGAGGAGAGCUGAAAGAACUUUGGAAUUACAGCCCUGAGUUGUCAUCUGCCACGACAAAUCUCACCGGAGAGGCUUGAAGCAGAUCUGGCAUGAUCCUUGUAAGGAAAUAUAUUUGGAGUUUUCGGAGGGCGAAUUGCCAAUUAAAUUUAUCGCGCGAUCAAGGUUCGAUUCUUACCACCAAAUUGCAGCAAAUGUAAUAUUAUGCAAUAUUAUGCACGGAUUGUCAAUUUUUAUUUUGUGCAAAAUUUGUGAGCAGGUAUAUAUAUCUAUAUACACAACUUUGAACUUAAGCUAAUUUGUGAACUAUUUCCGUAUUUUAUUUUAGGAAAAUCUCAUUUUACUGAUGGCAUGUUGUACAAAGUUGUAAGAAAAAAGAGAGCUACAGUUGAAGUUA